AUGGAAGCUGUACACGUCCAUCAGACGCAGUCUCUCCUAUCCUUCUCCUCCAACAUUUGGUAAUUCGUCUCCUUUAAUCUUCCCAUCUUCUGGUUUUCGCGUCCCCAGGCUGCGGAAGCCGCCUGCUCCAUGAAGCAUUACGCGGACUCAUGUCCAGCGCAUUUCUAGGUUCAUGAAUAUUUUACUCUUGUUUUUACUGUCGGGUAUGCUGGAGGUCCAGACUGGGAAGUGAGGGAAAAUAAAUUGCUCAAUAUUUCAGUGGAUAGACGGUAGAAUGUGUAAAUAUUAAUUUUCCUCAUUGAUUGGUAAAAAAAUUCGAAUACCAUGAUUUAAGAACAGUUUUUUUAUCACUUUUCUUUGGCUUUUUUAUGUUCACCUAAAUUUGGCGGCCAGGAGCAAUUCCUGUAUCUCCUCCCUCAUGAUAUUUUAGUUUCUUGUCUUGAUUUUCUUCCUGUUUUUUCCUUCAAUGAUUCUUUAUCUUAUUGGCUUUCUAGUGUUUAUUUAAUUCACAAUGUUAGACGCUCUAUUGACGGGUUCCUUAUCACCUCUAAACAAGCACGAUAAUGAGAGAGUAUCAUUAUUUAACUAAUCAAUGAGGGUGUAUUAGGAGCAUUCCUGUUCUUAUUUCCUUUUUUUUGGCAGUAAAUCAAAGUUGAUCGGCCAGCAAUAUGUUCCUAGAAUUAAGGUUAGUGGGCGAAUGGAAGUGGUUUGCCUUAGUAUGCUGGCUCCAAGGAAGUUCAUGCAGAAGAGAAGGAAGGCUGAAGUCUUUAAGGACACUGCCGAUGAAGCAGACCAGAGGAACUGGAGGAGGUUAAUGAAGGAGAUUGAUGAGGCAGGUUCAGCGGUCUCGGUUCUCAGAACCCAGCGGAGCAGGGACAAACCCAUCCCAAGAGAUCUUGUGCUUGGUACUCUCAUGAGGUUCAAGCAGAUGAGAAAAUGGAAUCUUGUUAGUGAGGUACUUAUCUCCAGAUGAUUCUCUGAACCGUUACCUCAAUGGUCUCCAAUGUGAAUCAGGGAGCCUCGCCCUCUCAAUGUUCUCCACUGCCCAAUUUUGUCUUCGUUUACUGGCAUUUAUUGACUUAAUAUAUUUUUUUCUGCCUCAUAGAUUCUUGAGUGGCUCAGGAGUCAGCAUUGGUGGAGUUUCAAUGAAAUGGACUACUUGUUACUGAUCACCGCGUAUGGAAAGCUGGGGGAUUUCAAUAGGGCCGAGAGGGUUCUGAAAUACAUGAACAACAAAGGCUACGCACCAAGUGUGAUAUCACACACUGCUGUCAUGGAAGCAUAUGGUAGAGCUGGCCAAUACAACAAGGCUGAAGCAAUAUUUCGGAGAAUGCAAUCGUCAGGGCCUGAACCAUCACCAUUAACGUAUCAAAUAUUGCUGAAAACUUUUGUUCAGGUUUACCUGUUAUUGGCCCUCCUUCCAUACGAUUUUAGGCCAUUAAUUUGUUUAUUAUUUAUUAUUCUCCGAGGAUAUGCAUAUACAUAUAUAUAUAUAUAUAUAUGUCUUGCUAUAUCUGUUGAGGAUCUAUUCUUGAGGUUGUUAACCGACUUGGUCCCUUCCAACAUGCCAAAGCUUUAAGAUUGUGCCUGAAUGGGGUUCAUGUAUGAAAACAUAAGGCCUUCUUUACUAAAUUGGACUUCAGAAAAGUUUGUAAAAAAAUGUAUUAUUUGCUAUUCUUUAUGUAUUUCAUAUUCUCCACAAGAUUAUUUACUAUUUUUUUAUCAAUUUAUCCAGCAUGAUGCAGGUUAUAAGUCAAUGAAAUAUCAAGAAUAAAGUUUAGAAAAAGUGGAUGACUAUUUGCCUCAUCAAGUGAAGAGCGGAGAGUCUGACUUUCAACGUCAUCAGUCUAUGGCUUUUGUCUCUUCUGUGCCAUGUUUCAUAAAUAUUUUUGUAUUUUGUUUGCUCUUUUGACCAUGAACUAUUAAAAACUUUCUACAUUAAGAACUAACUACGCGAAGGAUAGCUGAUGAUGGAGUUUUUAGGAGAUAAUUGCAUAUAUGGUAUUGCAUUGUAUUUAUUGUAGGCUGCAAAUGUCUCUGGAAAGCUGUAACUUACAGCACUGUACUCUGAUAGGGGGACAAAUUUGAGGAAGCUGAAGCCAUCUUCCAGUCACUUCUGAAUGAUGCACGAUCCCCUUUCAAGCCCGACCAGAGGAUGUUUCAUAUGAUGAUCUACAUGCACAAGAAGGCUGGUAACUAUGAUCAAGCCCGUAGAAUAUUCGCGCAGAUGGCUGACAGAGGAAUUCCAAUGUCCACGGUCACUUUUAAUAGUCUUAUGUCCUUUGAGACCAACUACAAGGAGGUGUCAAACAUUUACGACCAGGUACACAAUGGUCUUAUUCAUUAUCUGCCUCUCAAAACUUAGUUAGAUCCUGCACAUAUGAACUUGGCUGCACCCACGCUUUAAAUCAUGAAGAAGCCACUUCAUUUUUGUCUCAACAAGUUUUUAAAAAUUAAUUUUUUAAAAAGGUCUCUUAAGAUUUUCUUCGUCCUACUGAUGCUAAUUGUCUAAUCAUGAAGGGGUCCAUCUUAAACUCUGCGCUCAUUGUUCAGGUUAUGACUCCGUUUUUGUUACUACGUUUCUGUUUAAAAUUAAAUUUCUGUAUUCUUGUCUGAUAUUCGUACCACAGACUCAUAAAGCAUAUACAUGGAACUGUUGGAGUCUGACUAAUUCCUCAUCGAAUAAUUCAUAGAAAUUGAUGCAGAAUGAAAGGAAUGAAGAUGAGAUAAGGGCAAGAUGCAAACCUCAGAAUGGAAUAAAGAAUAUUACUAAAUAAUUAUUUUGUUGUCUGGAUAUAAUUUGUUUUGUUCCCUGAUUAAAUUGGAUACGAAUUGUAAGUUGUCUCUCUAUAGACAGUCAGUCAUCUAUUUCUUGGGAUAAUGAAAUUUUUACCGCUAAGCAGGAUGAAGACUCGUUUUAUUCUUCUAAUCCGCUGUGGUUGUUCUUCAGAUGCAGAGAGCUGGUAUUCAACCUGAUGUGGUGAGCUAUGCGCUGCUCAUUAGUGCAUAUGGGAAGGCCAGGAGGGAAGAUGAAGCAUUGGCAGUCUUUGAGGAGAUGCUAGAUGCUGGUGUCAGGUCUGUCCGGGAUACUGCCCAGUAUUUUCCUUUUUUAAAAAAAAUGUUCUUUAUCUCAUGGCAAGGUUGAUUAUUUUCGCCAACCAUAGAGUUAAUUUUCUUUAUGGGAAGAGUGAUGAUAUAUUUCUGGUUUGUGGUCAUCAAUCGCUCAUGAAAAGUAAGUGUUGAGAUAUGAAGGAUAGAUUCCGUGUAUAUGAAAUAAUUUCGGGGAUAUAUAUAUAUAUAUUUCCUUUUCUUUUUCUCCGAUAAUUAUCUCUUGAAGGAGAGUAAUGUGCAAGAGUAGAAUAAUUAUCUCUUGAUUCUCAAGUUAGACCGACUUCAAAAUACUCACAGGGACAGAAAAUCAACCUAAAUAUAGGUUUUUUUUGUUAUGUGCAAGACUAUAGAAUAAAUUUCAGCAGAUUUCAGCAGAUUCCUUGUACUCGCGUUGAUUAGUUGUGUUUAGUGCAUGGGGAGUUCUUGGUUCAAAAAGAACUCAUUGCUUCUAUUUUUUACGAUCAAUAAACACGGGUCAUGUUUCAUAGAUCCAUGAUGAAACAGGCAGAACACCAGCUUAUAUCCUCUAUAUACGAAUUUUGACGCGAAGUAAAACCAUGAUUUGCAGGCCCACGAGGAAGGCCUACAACAUCCUGCUCGAUGCCUUUGCGAUCUCUGGCAUGGUCGAUGAGGCUCGGACGGUCUUCAGGAGCAUGAGGAGGGACAGGUGGGCCCUCAUCCUCCUCCCCCUACUGGGUAUAUUUUUGUGGGGUAGCAGCUUUCUAAUGGCGUCCUCCUCCUCCUUCCAGGUGUAUGCCAGAUCUCUGCUCCUACGCCACAAUGCUCUCUGCGUAUGUGAACGCAUCAGACAUGGAUGGAGCGGAGAAGUUCUUCCAGCGGCUGAAGCUGGACGGGUUCCAGCCGAACGUCGUGAUCUACGGGACGAUGAUGAAAGGGUACGCGAAGGUCAACAAUCUGGAGAAGCUGAUGGAGACGUACGAGGCGAUGCGGAUGGGAGGGAUCGAGGGCAACCAGACGAUCUUCACCACCAUCAUGGAUGCCCACGGCAAGAGCUCGGACUUUGGGAGCGGCGUGGUCUGGUUCAAGGAGAUGGCCGCCAGAGGCUUCCCCCCCGACCAGAAGGCGAAGAACAUCCUCCUCUCCCUCGCCCAGACCCCCGAGGAGCGGAGAGAGGCCGGCGAGCUGGCGGGCUUCCCAGUGGAUGAUAUCGCUGCCAUGGAGACGCCCGACUUCGACGACGGCGACGACGACACCCGGCGGCAACUCGCCGGGGGAGCAGCAGCAGCCAGUGGCGGCAGUCUCUUCGAGGAGGCUGACAGCGAGGAAGAGGACGACGAGGAAAGCGCCGGUUCGUGA